UUCCCAUCGGCCUAUCGCUGCGCUCCUUCAUGCUGACGAUGAGACCCGGAAGCACCGAGCUGCCUGCUUUGUUUUGUUUUGGUAGUAGGAGUUGGAUAACAGGGAGACAGGCCGAGAGAACCGCUCUUAAAUGGGGAGAGCCAUAUCGGGGAUGGAAGAUGACGGACCGAUAGCCGACGCCAGUAAAAUGCCGAGUUUUAUCAGCAGCUACGAGGAGGGGAGUGUGAAAUUGUCCCGGUACCUGCCGACAGAAACUUCCUUCACGGACAGCAAAGUUGAGCGGUCGGUCAGAGAUUUGAGCCGCCGUGUCACCAGAUCAAACUCGCGGUUAUCCCUGGACGGAGGCGAGCGGGACUCGGGGGAGAGGAGCAGCGAGGAGGAGAAGGAUGCGAAGGGCAACAACAACAACAACUGCAACGGAGGAGAGAGGAGGAGGGCGAGCGCUGUUGAGAUUUUGAGGAGGAAUUUCGGGGUUUCAAAAUCUUCCUCUCUGUGUCUAAGUACAAGCAAUCGGAUGCAGCGCGACGCCGAACAUGAACACGAAGGAAACGUUAAUAACGACGUUUCAAACGGCUAUGGAACUGAACGUGGCGAAUGUAAAAAGUCGGAGCAACAAACGGGCGAAGCGGGGACAAAAAACGAGCCGACCCUGAGCGACUUGACGACUUCAGCUGUUCACGGAGUUGAAUUUGUGACAGUUACAGGUCAGCGCCAUCAUAACAGCAACACAGUCACCUUAGACGAGUAUUUAAACCCUAAAGAACACAUCUACUGCACUGUGUAUUGCAUUGAUAACGACAGUCAUCGAGCAGACGUUGAAAUCACAGACGAUGUCACAUCUGACGCACCAGAAAUGGACUUUGAGACAGGACAGGACAUGGGUUCGAGUCCCGAACCGUCUCUGUACACAUUGGACGACCUGGUGGACCCUUUCGGUGACAUGGGCCACCGGCUGUCGGUGGAACAGACCGGUGCAGAGACUGCGAUGCAGAGUUGCCGGGUGUGCCUGGAAGACAAAACGAUCGCACCCCUGCCCUGCUGCAGGAAGGCAGUGUGCGAUGAGUGUCUGAAACUCUACGUCAGCUCCCAGGUGCGAGUAGCCAAAUCUUACAUCAGCUGUCCAAUCCCAGAGUGCAGUGGCUACCUGGAGGAGGGAGUGGUGAUUUCCCAUUUAGCCCAUGAAGACGUGGCAAAAUACCGUUACUUUUUGGAGCUGAGUCAGCUGGACUCGAGCACCAAACCCUGCCCCCAGUGCAGUGAGUUCACCUCUCUGAAGAGCCACAACCACAGCCGCUCCGAGCACAAGUACAAGAUCCAGUGUAGCAAUUGCCAGUUUGUGUGGUGCUUUAAAUGCCACGCGCCAUGGCACGACAGGGUCAAAUGUCGCGAGUACAGGAAAGGAGACAAGCUGCUUCGAAGCUGGGCUAGUGUGAUAGAGCACGGGCAAAGGAACGCCCAGAAAUGUCCACAGUGCAAGAUCCACAUUCAGCGCACAGAGGGAUGUGACCAUAUGACCUGUACGCAGUGUAACACCAACUUCUGUUACCGCUGUGGAGAGCGCUACCGGCACCUAAGGUUUUUUGGGGAUCACACAUCCAACUUGAGCGUGUUUGGAUGCAAGUAUCGCUAUCUACCUGAUAAACCUCAUCUGAGACGGCUAAUUAGAGGGUCGGUGUGUGGCACUAAGGUGCUGAUAGCUCCGGUGGUCAUUUUGCUGGUCGUGGUGCUCGGAGCUCUCGCACUGGUGAUAGGUUUGGUAGCUUUCCCGGUCUACUACGUGUGUAAGAGGAGAAAGAAGCAACGCUCGCAGGGCUCCGGACGCUGGAUCUGACCGAAACCUGUACUUCAACUAGACCUCACAAAUAAAGCAAGGCCUGGAUAAUCACGCGUCAUCACUUUGAGAAUAUUUGUCUAUCAGUUGACCACUGCUGUCAAAGGAAUGCUGGAUAUUCAAGUAGUAGAAGGAAAAUGCAAAGUUAUGUUGGCUUCUGGAGCAAACACUGUCUUGUAGAGUGCUUUUAACAUGAUGGAAGUGUUUGAAUCCUCUUAAAUCUCUGCUAAAUUUCACAGUCGUCAACUAUUUUUAAGUCGAGAACUUUCUUGAUGGCCUCCUCUUGUCCUGGAUAAUACAAUGCAGGAAGAUUCAGCAGCGUACAUGUGCAAGCUUUUCACCCUUCUGUCACACAUUUAACAGCAGCUAUCUUUCAGGAGAACAAAUCCAAACACAUAUAAUCGUCUGGUGAAAGUUUUUGUUUACACCAGCACAUGCGAGGAGCCCAUUGGUUAGCCUGAUAUGAUGACAUACUACUGUAUGGAUAUUGUGGAUUGAAGGUUUGAAAUGUUUGAGAGUGUUAUAAAUGAUGAACACUGACACUCACAGAAGAAUAGCAGAGACAUGUGAGGAGAUGGAAACGGAAGUUAGGACGAAGCCAUGAUGGAAAAACGAGUUCUCACGGAUGCAACGAAGCUGGACAUUGAAUUUUUGUUCGAUCCUCCUCUGUUGGAAACUCAAUUGUCAUUGGAUAUUGAAAAUUCCCAUUGGUAUUUGACAAGCACACACUAUGAAAGAACUUGAAGGUAUGGAAGCAUGAUACUAAACUAGUCUUCUUGUGCACCUGCCCUGAGAGUAACACCUAGUUUAAAAGCCAUACCCACCUUAGCUUUCAACAAAAAAAAUGGGGGGGGUCCAAUAUUCAGCCCACUGACUCCUAAAUUGAAUAUUGGAAAGUGGAAUUUUAGCAGGCCUCCAUUGUUUUCUGUUGCGGUUCUCCAUCAACUCCUCUCUGUCCCUGUCUUCCUUUACUGUCCUUCGGGUCCCUGCCCUGGCUGGACGGCGGCUUACACAGCGUCCCUGUCAUUUCUGCCAUGCCCACAUACUGUAUGCCAGUAUCUGCAUCGUCAAAAAAAAAAAAGCUGCUGUGCGGCAAUUGUGCCAAAACAAAACGCUGAAUGUGGCGGGACAGACCCUGCCCUUUUGUUAGAUUUCUUUGUUAUUGUUUUUUAGGGGCUGCUUGUUGCAGAGGUUUUUGGGUGGUGAUGCUGUUGGUGCGUAGUGGAGUCUGCAUACCGAAAUAGAGGCUCUGUAAGAUUGUAGGAAAAUGCGUUAGAUAGCUGAAAGCUGCUUCGAAUUAAAAUGACUGAACAUACUAUUGCAAAUGGUACCUGUACAUAAACAGAAUAAAGUAUUUAAGAUUUAACUUUUUAUCUCUAUGUAGUCUGGGUGGUGGUUUGCUGAAGAGCUAAACAGGGUGUUAGUUAGUAAAGAAGAGGUUAUCAGGCUGCUGUGCACUGAAGUGUGUGGAAGAUUACAUUUCAAUGUUUAUUAUUUGAUGUGGUGAUCAGGUUUUUAAGAAUAGACGCAGAUAGUUUUUUUUGCAGUGUUAAGAGGGCAUCUGUCUGCUUGAGAGUUUGCGUAGUUUUAAUGUACACAUCUCAUUCACACUGGCACAUACUGCAAGAAGGCACACACGUGGAGCGCUGCCAGGAAACGGGAGAUUUUCAAGAGCUUUAAAAAGGUCGUCGCCUGGCUGCAGCCAGCUUGUCCUUCAGUUAUCCCUCUAUCCUCUCCUCCCUGCUGUCGGUCUUUAGUUUUAAAACGGGAUGCUUUUGAGCCUCUGAUACGCGAGAAUAACACGGAGCUACCUGCGGUGCACGUUGCGGUCAAGUACAGGUGGUUUCCACAUCACUUGCAGAUUUCUGUGUGUGUGUGUGUGUGUGUUUAUCCCAACACUUCAUGAAGUGAUCUGUUUUUUCUUUUAUCGCUCCAUCUGUGAAGAUGUUUUAAAGGAAAGCACAAUAUAUCUGCACAUAAAAGAUGUGGAUUGAUAAAAUGAUAAAAAGUUGAGGGGAAAUUCCUCCAUUUUGGAACAAACAUGUAAGAAUCAAUGCAUUUUCAAAUCUGCAGUGGGUUACCAGUGGAAUAUAUAGUGAGUCUUAUAGCACAUUUCAUCCAUGAGUCCUCUCUGAAACCAGGAUUUCAGGCAUGAAGAAAAAGCAGGGUGUUCAUGCAUGUUGGACAUCAUUAGCUUGGUUUUAUCCCAGGGAUCUGACACAUUUUCUGUCUAGUACAGUAAAAACUGUACAUACAAUAUAUUGUUACACACUGCUUUCAGUAGGUCCUGACUCUGGGUUUGAAUCCACUCUCAGGGAGUUUGUUUUCUGUUCACUGUACCCAGAGCCCUCCAUCCACAUGAGCUGUGCCACAGAAAUCGCUGAGCAGCACCGUAGAGUCGAUAUGCUUCCUGACGCGUUUGCCCAGAGCUUAGCAACCAUAUUUCAUUCCGGGAAUUAAAUACACAAGAGAUCCAAAUAUCUGUCUGUUUCCCAGCAUGACUCAGCUGUUUAGUGAUGCUGCUUGAGGGUCAGGGGACUAAAAAGUGGAACAAGAAUAUAUAUAUAUAUAUAUAUAUAUAUAU